AUGUACUGCCUGCCAUUGGCAUUGCCAGCGCCUCUCCAAGUCCAAGCCCACAACAACUCCCGCUUCCAAUCGAAACCCAAACCAAUCAGAGCGAUGAGAGCCGUGGUCCAGCGAGUCGCCUCCGCAAGCGUCGAGGUAGAAGGGCGCACGGUGUCGGAGAUUGGGCCAGGUUUGCUGGUCCUGGUGGGCCUCCACGAGUCCGAUUCCGACUCCGAUGCCGACUACAUAUGCCGGAAGGUGUUGAAUAUGAGGCUGUUCCCAAAUGAAAGCUCCGGCAGAGGAUGGGACCAAAACGUAAUGCAGAGAAAUUAUGAAGUCUUACUGGUGAGCCAGUUUACAUUGUACGGAGUGUUGAAGGGUAACAAGCCAGACUUCCACGUGGCAAUGCCGCCCCAGAAUGCAAAGGCCUUCUAUGCUUCUUUGGUGGAUAGCUUCAGAAAAUCUUACAAACCAGAUGCAGUCAAAGAUGGUGUGUUUGGAGCAAUGAUGAAGGUCAACUUGGUCAAUGAUGGACCAGUCACAAUGCAGAUUGACUCGCAAUCCCCCAAGAACUCAAAUGAUGUGAUAGAAGAACAAUCAUAA